GUAUAUAUAUAUAUAUUAUAUUUGUUACCCAAAAGUGCUGCAAUUGAGUUGUGUACCAAAAAUUUAAGAGGUCUUGAGCCAUUUUGAACCCAAAGGUAGUCGACAAAUAUUUGAACAAAGUUUUUUGGGGGGUCUACCUGACCCUGCACCUGCUGACCCCGCUCUGCUGCAGCCAAGCGUAGCCAAACGCAAAAUUAAUUCCAGCCUCCGCUGUCCCGGCACAAACUGAGCAGAGCCUGGCAAAACUUUUAGCUGCCUUCUUUGCUAUUCUCCGCCAGGCUCAUUGUUAUUGGAAUGUCUAUGCGUGCCCUACCCUCUUUCACUUUUUCUUCACGUUUUUUGCGCGUUUGCCAUGGGUGUACUUUGAUUUCGUCAUCAAAUAUGUAACGCAUAUUUAUUUCAUUCAGCCUCCUUUAUCAUGUUUCUCCUGGUUAGACGAUCAAUUUUAAAGGAGAUUACAGAGAUAACAGUAAUAGUAUUUGGCAAGGGUAUUUCAACUUCGUUACCUUCGGUUGCCAUUUCUUCUAUUUUUUUUUUAUAGUAUUUGCCCCGUUUGCUUUUGUUAUAGUUAUAGCUGUUGUUACCUCAGUUUCCUUGUCCUUGGCUGCCGUUCGUCAAUGCUCGCCAAAGUCGUCGUCAUCGUCGGCGUCGUCGCUUUUUGCUUUCCUGCCUGUUUGUCUUGUGCCUGGUUCCUUCCUGGUUCCUGCUCGACGUAAACGUGCGUUGUUUCCUGCUCACACACAGAUUCGCUUGUCCUGGCGCGUCCUGUGCCGUGUGCGCGUUUGCCUUUGGCUCAACUUGGGCUUUUUCAUCUUUGCCCCUGGCUUUUUCAGGCUGCGAUUUUUCCUUUUUAUUAUUGUUGUCUCUUUACAUAGCCAACAAUUAACGAUUUAAAACUGAGGAAUUAAACACAACAACAACAGCAACAAGGACAACAACAAAUAGCUGGCAGCAGUGCCACAAACAUGACCUAAGGGCACAGCUUAAGCCACGCCCCAUGGACACAAGGCCAACACAAAAGGGCCAAACACAAGCUAUGCAAUCGUUGGCCACAACUGAGCGCCAUCUGUUCGAAAAUUUGAAUUUAUGAAGCAAGUGACAUAAAUCACAAAACAGAUACCCAAAAAGCUGCAACACAAAACAGCAACGCAAGAGACACAAGCCAGAGAAUAGUAUGCAAUUAGCAGCAACAAUUGUGGCACAACAUGGAUAAGAAAUCAAAGACGAAAUCUAAAACGAAAAGCCUCAAGCCGAACAAAGAGUCAAGCACGCAACUGGAUGUGGAUCUAUGGGAGCAAAAUGAGGAUCGUUUCACCAGCUGUGAAUUCAAUGUGGAGCACAAAGUACACAAAUUGCCGCACAAUAACAAAAAGGCAACAGCAGCUGGAACGCUUGGAGCAGCUACUGCAGGCGGUGGUGGCGCCGUGGUCUGUCCGGGUAAUGCGGCGGCAUUAACAUUGACAGCAACGGCAUCAGGCAAGGAGGUGACAGCGCCUCAGCUUAGCACCACGCCCACAGCCAUCAGCAUUGCUGGCUGUGCGUCGGGCACGGCGCUGGUCACACUGGACGCACUAGACGCGGUGACCAUUGAGACAGCCGAACCGGAACGUGGCAACUGGACGGGACGCUUUGAUUUUCUGCUCUCGCUGCUGGGCUAUUCGGUGGGCCUGGGCAAUGUCUGGCGGUUUCCGUAUCUCUGCUACAACAAUGGUGGUGGCGCCUUUCUAAUACCCUUCACCAUAAUGCUCAUCAUAGCUGGUCUGCCGCUUAUGUUCAUGGAGCUCUCGUUUGGCCAAUAUGCUGCACUCGGUCCUGUGGCCAUCUAUCGACGGUUUUGUCCACUCUUUCGCGGCCUGGGCACCGGCAUGGUCAUCGUUUCGGCCAUUGUCAUGCUGUAUUACAAUCUGAUCAUUGCCUGGACCAUAUUCUACAUGUUUGCCUCGUUUCGCACACAGUUGCCCUGGCAGAACUGCGAGCCGGAGUGGAGCACGGAAAAUUGCUUCUCCUACGUGAUGGCGGAUCAGUGCGAGGCCAUCAAUGGCACCUACUAUCUGCGCACCUGCUACAAUGCGACCUAUGCGGAGGAUCACAAUAUAACGGAACUGGCGCUGCACGCCCUCAAGCGUCCACCGGCCGAGGAGUACUUUAACAACUAUGUGCUGGGCCUGUCGUCGGGCAUUGAGGAAACGGGCAGUAUUAAAUUUUCAUUGGCCGCCUGCCUGCUCAUCGCCUGGGUCAUUGUCUUUCUCUGCCUGUGCAAGGGCGUUCAGUCCUCGGGCAAGGUCGUCUACUUUACCGCCUUGUUUCCCUAUUUGGUCUUAGUCAUACUCUUCUUUCGGGGCGUUACCCUGCCGGGCGCCAGUACGGGCAUUUUAUUUUAUCUAACGCCCGAUUGGAAGCAACUAGCCAACGCUCAAGUCUGGGGAGAUGCCGCUGUCCAGAUCUUCUUUGCGCUUAGCCCCGCAUGGGGAGGCCUCAUCACUUUGUCCUCCUACAACAAGUUCUCCAACAACUGCUACAAGGACUCUCUCAUUGUGGCGUUUUGCAACAUAGCCACGUCGUUCUUUGCGGGCCUGGUCAUAUUUUCCAUCAUUGGUUUUCUGGCUCAUGAACUGGAUGUGGAGGUGAAAAAGGUUGUGGAUCAGGGCGCCGGCUUAGCGUUCAUUGUCUAUCCGGAGGUGGUGACACGUCUGCCCAUUUCACCGGUUUGGUCGGUGCUGUUCUUUGUCAUGCUGCUCACCCUGGGCCUGGACUCGCAGUUCGCUCUGAUGGAGACCGUAACUACUGCCAUUUUGGACAAGUUUCCAAAUCUGCGACAAUACAAAACUUGGGUUGUACUCUUUGUGGGCAUAUUUGGCUAUGUGGGCGGCCUUGGCUUUACCACCAAUAGCGGCAUGUACUGGCUGCAGCUGAUGGACAAAUAUGCUGCCAAUUGGUCGGUGCUGCUCAUUGCCAUAUCAGAGUGUGUGCUGAUUGCCUGGAUUUAUGGAUCACAACGUUUUCUAAAUGAUAUACAGGGCAUGAUUGGCAAGCGUUCGCGUCUAUGGAAUUUCUUCUGGGGCUUUAUGUGGCGCUAUAUAACACCCGCAACGCUCUUGUUUAUUUUGUUCUUCAACUGGGUAGAGUACAAGCCCGCACAGUAUGGCCAUUACAUAUAUCCCCUAUGGGCGGAUACUGUGGGCUGGAUCGUCGGUCUAUUGCCGGUGUUUAUCAUAUUUGUAAUAGGCGUACAACAGAUCUUCAAGGCGCCAAAACAUCUGAGCUUUAGGGAGCGCAUCAAGGUUCUGAUGCGACCCACCGCCGAAUGGGGACCCGCUGGCAGACCCUGCGUCAAUUUGCAUGCCGAACGCUAUCAGAGCCAAAAUUACGAUGGUGUGACCAACACCCAAAUACUGAUUAGCGGGGCGCCCACGGAUGUGAUGCCUUACGAGGAUGCGGUCAAUGGCAAUGCGGCUGACAGCAAUGGCAACGGCAACAACGGCUAUCGGGAUGAGGCAAUGCAACUCUGAGAGCGAGUGAACGCAUCCUCGUCGGCGAUGGCCAGCGUUGACGUGGAUGUGCUGCCCAUGACGGUGGGUAAGCUGCCAGGACCGAGCAUAUUGAAGACAUCGGCCAAGCUCAGCGGCAACAGCAACCAGCAGCAGGCUCAACCGGAAAACGGGCGACACAAGCCAAAACCAGAGUCAACUGGCAGCCAGCAGCCGCCCAUCAAAGCGGAUAAUCAAAGCCAGCAACAUGCGAGCACGCCAGCAACAGCAACAGUCGCAGCUACCACCAAGGUCUGGUCCACAGGCACCAUGAGCAGCGGACGUGAGUGCAACACCAUGUCCACAUUCGCGGCAACAGCAGCAGCAUCAACUGUUGGCACAGGGGGCGCUGGCGGUGAAGUUUCUGCAGAGCUGGCCAUGUCCAAGACGACAGCUGCUGCCGUUGCCGGCACCCAGGCGAAAAUAGCAACAACUAGCAGCAAUAUUGCUGCGGUGCCAGCUGGCAAGAAGCCAGACAUAGCUCUAACGACUUUUAUGCCAGCCACAAAGCCAAUAACAACAGCUGUUGCUCAAGCCAAUACCAGCAAAACGGGUGCAACAGAUGUGCAUAUGACUGCUGUCAGCACAACAGCAAUCAAUGGCAGAGUCGCUGCAACAGCAAUAGCUGCAGCAAAUCCAAAUUCCCAAAUAGUAUCCACAAUGAGCGUGUCGACAAAAGCACAGCCAAACAUAGGUGUCGGCAAUAAAACAGCGAAGACAGCAACAACAGUUGCUGCACUCACAGCAGCAACAUCAAUAACAGCCACCAACAAGUCGCCAAUGAGGUCAUUAAAAAUUAUUACAACAAUCUCAAAGCCAGUUGCAAGUGUUGCUGCCAAUUCAGCCACAACAGUUGCUGGCGGGACAACAACAAACUUAAGUGGUACUACAAAACCUCCAGCAAUGACAGCCGUAACCAUUGUGGCAACAAAUGUGGUUAGCAAUGCAACAAAGCCAGCAGCAACAACACCAAAUACAUCUGCAACUGUUGCAAACAAUAUGCCCAAGACAACAGUAAUAACAGCAGUGACAACUGCAACUGUUGCAGGUAAUAUGCCAAAGCCAGCAGCAACAAGUGCAACUGCUGCAAGCAAUAUGCCGAAGACAGCAGCAACAACUGCAACCGUUGCAGGCAAUACGCCAAAGACAGUAUCAACAACUGCAACUGUUGCAAGCAAUAUGCCAAAGACAGCAGCAACAACAGCAAAUACAGCGGCAACUAUUGCAAGCAAUAUGUCAAAGACAGUCGCAAUAACAGCAGUGACAACUGCAACAGUUGCAGGCAAUAUGCCAAAGUCAGCAGCAACAACUGCAAGCAAUAUGCCGAAGAUAGCAGCAACAGCAACAACUGCAUCUGGUGCAAGCAAUAUGCCGAAGACAGCAGCAAUAUAUGCAACAACAACUGCAACUGUUGCAAGCAAUAUGCCAAAGGCAGCAGCAGCAACUGCAAGUGCUGCCGCAAAGCCAAUUGUAGUCAACACAGCUACCACGAUUAUUGCCGGCAACACAGUUGAAAUAACAAAGGCAGCACCUGCAACAACAACCACUGCAGUUGUCGGCAGUAACAUACCAGGUGCAAAUCAAAAAGAUGCAAUUAUAGCCCCACCAGCAGCAGCAGCAACAACACCAAUAAAGCCCACAGCAAGCACACCAGCAACAUCAAAGCCAGCAACACCAACAGCCGCAGCAAAGCCCACAGCAACAUCACCGACAAAAAAGGCAACAACAGUCUCAGCAACAACAACAUCAAAGGCUGCCAUAACACCAACAGCCACAGCUAAGCCCAUAGCAACAUCACCGACAAAAAAGACAACAACAUACUCAGCAACAGCAACAUCAAAGCCUGCAACAACACCAACAGCCACAGCAAAGCCCACAGCAACAUCGCCGACAAAAAGGCCCACAACAUUCUCUUCAACACCAGCAUCCUUCAAGGCACAAGCUAACAAACCAACAACAACAGCAACAAACAGCAACAGCAACAUGUCGCCAAAGAUAACCAAAGCAACAACAGGCAAGCCGACAGCAACAACAAGCCCCACUAAGACAGCAAACAAACCGAUGAUAACAACAACUACAGCAGCAACAACAACAACUACAGCAACAACAAGCAAGUCGGCGGCAACAUCAAGCAAAACGAAAGCAGCUGCAACAUUAAAGAAGUAAAAUGAAGGCAAGUCUCAAGAGCCGAUAUUGAAGGUAUUUCCAAUAUCGAACACUAUUUUUCUAAGUAUAUAUAUUUAAUGUUAAUGAACUCGAGCUAAGCAAAAAAACACGCUGUUAAGCCUAACAAGUACUAUAUACAUAUAUAUAAGUAAAUGUUAUAUACCUAGAUGUUUAUAUAGAGGCAGAUUUUAUAAAUAUUUAUUUGGAUUACUUUUACUUGGUCGGCGAACAGCAACAGAUUUGAGCAAAGCAAGUUGCAACAUUUUCGAGAAUUUUAACAGUUCCCCGUGAACUUUGAACAUUUGCCAAAAAGAAAUUCAAAUCCUGAAAGCAAACUUGAAAGGAACCAGAAGAAAUCGAAAUAUUCGGACUGCCGAAUAUUUAAUACACUUGCAGAGGUCAUGAUGUAAAAAUGUAAAACAAAACAUUAAAUUCAUUCAGAUGUCAACUAAAGCUCAUACUUAGUUAAACCUAAUCGAAUUAAACACUGCAAGGGUAUUACGACAAAAAUAAGCCUAAACAUGUUUCCUAGCAAUACACACUAUCAGCAUAUAUAUGUAUAUAUGCAUAUAUGUAUAUAUGCAGUAUGCCCCGAUCGUGUACCUACACACACAAACUAUUUUUCAAUAGUUCCUUCUUAACUAAGUUCUUUAGUAUAUGCUCUAUGUUCAUAUUAGUAUUAUGUUGAAAGACUCAUUGCAAUUACCAAAAAGUUAACGUAGUUUUUAGUAAUUCACCAAAAGGGCCCGUUUCGAUUGUUGUGCAUAGGAAAAAGUGUCUAUAUUAUUGUUAUUAUUAUUAUUAUAUAUAUAUACACAUAUAACUAAUAUGCCCCGAUUAUAUAUGUAUUUAUAUGGUACCUAUUGAUUAUGAUUAGAAACGAGAGAGCAAUGCAAAAUGGCAAAUGAAAUGUUCAAGUUGUUUAAAAAAAAAUGAAAAAAAAACCUAAAUUUAUAUACAAAAUACCCUAUAUACAACAUAAAUACUACACAUAUACAACAACAAAUAAUGUUUAUUUUUAUUGCAAAUGUUGUUUAAAGAAUAUUUUGAAACAUUUUUUAUGCAUUUUAUAAAGCUUGCAAUUUGGGCAAAGGGCAAACGCCAAGGCAAAUGUUGGAUUUUAGACUUUACACAAAAUUUUAUUUGGUUACGUUUAGUUUUUUAUGCAUGUUUAGGAGCAAAUAUAAUUAGUUAAUAUUAUUAUAUGUGUAGAUGAAACUGUUCAAUGUCAAAUGUGUAUGUGUAUAACUCUAUUUUGAUAGGCCUAAAUAAAAGAGAGACUCAUGUACCUAAAUGAAAUUAAGAUACGAGUGGAUUAUUCAAGAUGCAUAUAACUAUAAUGGAUCUGAAGGCAGAGAAAAAAAUCUAAGUUUAAGCAAAUAUUUAGACAUGUUUUAUGUGUGUGUUUGUGUGUAUUUACUUAGUCGAACUAAAACUAAUACACUAACUAACCUAAGCUCACAUCAAAAACACAUAACAAUAAUUAACUUGAAGGAAAAUAAUAACAAAAAAAUAUAUAUAGAUAUAUAAUUUAUACGUAUAUAUGUAUUGUUGUUAAAAUAUACUAUUUAUAAUAUAUAUACAUGUUAUUUGACGUAAACAAGAUCAUAUAAGCUGUGUGUUGCCUAAAACAAAGAGUAAAGAUUGUAUUAAAAUAUACCUUAAAAAAUAUAUAUAUAAAUAAAAUAUUUGUAUGUGUUUCUACAUGUAGCUAGUGGUAGAAUAAAUGUAAAUCGAAUAGCAAAGUAUUACACGUAUUCUGUCGGAAAUGCUCAAUCAAAACAAUUCGAACUGUUUGCGUUAGAAAAACACUUUCUUUCAACUUUUACUAAGUUAACAAAAUGAAUAAAAAUGAAACCAAAAAUGAUUUUACCCCAAGCAAACCCCAUAAUUUGUGAUAGCUGAUUUGAAGACAUUUGAAGAUUUCUUUUUUAGACUAUGUUAAAUUUUUUGAAAUGAAUGUUAUGCAUUGUCCAGAUAUAGGGAUUAAUUGAAAUAUUUAUAUGUUAUACACUUAUGAUAUAUGAGCAUGUAAGAAAAUUACCAAAACAGGAAUUUUAAUCAAUUGUUGUACUUGAGUUGUCGUUGUUUUUAGCGCAGUAGCUGUGACAUAAUAUUACGAAUCAAUGUGCUAACUGUACCUAGAAGUUAUAUGAGGCAUAUAAAACAAAAAUAAAAAACUGUUAAAUGAUUAACCAAUUGUUGCAUGCCGUUAGUUGAUGUGGAUGUAUGUAUGUGUACCUGUAAAACUAAAAAGAUACAAAAAAGAAAAACCUAAAAAAAAAAAAAAUUAUCAACAAUAAUCUAAAUAUGGAAAUGUUAAAUGGCUGUUAAGAAAACUAAAAAUAUGUUGUAUAUGAUCAAAAUGCAAUUGAAAAACACAAAAAAAAAUUUAAAAAAAAAAAUACAUAUUUAAUGUGGUGUACAUAUUGAAAAUGAGCUAAAUAUUUUCAGAUAAGCAAAUCAAAAGCAAUUUGCUAAAAUCAAACAAAUUUAGUUAACCCCAACUAAAGUAUAUCUAUCAAAGCUGUCAAUUUCGACGAGAAUCAGUGUUAUGCAUAUGCUCAAUAUUUAGGAUUGAAACUAGCCUCUAAGAAUGUUUACUUUAAACAAAAUUAAUAACAAAAUCUACCCAUGCCGCAAACAAAAAAAAAAAAACAAAAAACAAAGAGGAGCUUCAAAAUUUUAUACGAAACUUUGAGCUGCGAGAGAGAGCACGAAACGUAUAAAGUUAAAACAGAGAAAUGUUGCAAAAUUCAUAUCGCUACAUUAAGCAAAGUAAAAAUAGUUAUACGAUGGCAACUGUAAUCUUGAAAAAAAAAA